GCAGAAAUUAUCCGCCUUAGAGAGAGCCUACUCACCGUGCAUUCGUAAAACAACGAUGGGCGUCGUUCUAUCCGUGAGCUUCGACCUUCGGGGCCGCAGAUUCGUGUGAAGACGUUUGUCGUGCCCUCCCAAUCUGCGUACUGUCGGAGAAGCGCCGUGGCGACCUACGUUGUCGAAGGCGCCCUAUAAGAGGCUUGCCAGCGUCGCUACACCUCAUCGUAGACCUCCUACACCCGACUACACUCACAUUGCUAGUCCUCUCACCACACAACAUGGCCGCCCAACCCUCUCGCAAGAUCAACAUCGCCGUCAUCGGCGGCGGCAUCGGCGGCCUCGCCCAGGUCCUCGCCCUCCAGCACUUCUGUGACAUGUCCCAGCUGGACGUGCAUAUCUACGAGGCCGCUACGCACAUCAACCAGAUUGGCGCCGGCAUCAAUAUCUGGGAGCGGGUGUGCGAGAUGCUGGGCGAGAUUGGACUGAAGGAGGAUAUUGCGCGGUUGUUACGGGAGAAUGAGAACACUCCCUGGGUCUGCCGCAAGAGCGAUGAGAAGGAAGGCGUACCGAUUACCGAGAUUGUUUUCGGGGAGGCAGGCCGCAUGCUCCUCCUCCACCGCGCGGAUGUCCAGGAGCUCUUCAUGAAGCACCUCUCGCCCGAGGUCGAAAUCCACCUCUCCCACCGCCUCGAGUCCUACUCCUACACCGACGCCCCCAAUGAGCGCAUCAAGCUGCAUUUCAAAGGCGGCGACGAGGCGCGCUGUGACCUGCUCAUCGCCGCGGACGGCGUGCAUUCGGUCGUCCGGAAGCAGCUGCUUCCCGAGCUCGCUAAGGAGCUAGGCAAUGAGGAGCUGAAUGCCAGCGCGCAGCCGCUGUUCAGUGGGAGUAAGGUGUAUCGGGAUUUGGUUCCCUCUGAGGAUCUGGCGAAGCUCUGGCCCGGACAUCCAACGCUGGUGAAGCCGCAUAUUUACUGCGGCAAGAACAAGCACAUCAUCACCUACCCCAUCCACCUGGGCGACAAGCACUUUGUCAACGUCGUCCCCUUUUACACCGACCCGUCGAAGGAGAACACGCCCUUCUCGGGGUCGCAGAUCGGCCAGGCGACCACUGAGGAGGUCCUGAAGAUGUACGAAGGGUGGGAGCCGGAGGUGCAGGCGUUGUUGGGGUGCAUGGCGAAGCCCUCCCAUUGGGCUGUCCUUACGCUGAAGCCCUUCGAGACAUGGGCGCACAACGGCGUCGUCUUGCUCGGAGAUGCUGCCCAUGCCAUGGUCCCCCACAUCGGCGCCGGCGCCUGCGAGGCGAUCGAGGACGGCUACGUCCUCGCCCAGAUCCUCGCUUAUGCGCAGAAGAAGGGCCCCCUCGAGGCGCUGUCUGACGAGACGAUGGACCUGUACAACCGCCUCCGCCCGCCCAUCGCGAACUUUGUGCACGAGCGCGCGCGGCUGCAGGGUCUGUUUUACGAGUUUAAUGAGGAGGGGGCGGAUCUGUCGCUUGUGGAGGCUGGGUCGCCUUUCUACACCGAGAGCGCGGAGGGGGGCGAGGAGGGCAAGGAUGGCGUGAAUGGCAAUUCGGAGGAGGCGAAGAGGCUGGCGAAGCUUGGGUACGGGAUGCAGGAUGGAUAUGUGUGGUGGAAGCAUAGCAUUGUGCGCGAGACGGAUGCGGCAGUGAAGCGGGCUUUGGGGGAGGCGUAGGGGAAGCAAGGAGACCCCUUUACGAAGCUUUGAACUAGAAAUACACUGUAUUGCGUUCGAUAGAGAAUCAUUCGUCAU